GUCAUGACGUAAUGCGAUCUACUCCAGAAUAGCGCGCGGAGGAGCAUCAGCAGCAGCCACAAGGAGCCGUUCAGCCUUUCUCUGGACCGUUUUGCCAAUGUUUGUUUAUUUAUGUGGGAUUUGUUCGGUCCGGAAUAAGCCUGGCAGGGGGGGAUUUGCGGCGGGAUGUCGGCCCUAAAGGAGAACCAGUGUUACGGACUGUCCAGCGGUAAACUGAACCGCGGCGGUACCAUCUCUGUAUUUCAUGUCAAACUCACUGACAGCGCGGCAAGAGCCAUUGACUCCUUUCAAAACGGCAAGGGUUGGUCUUCCCAUCCCACCAUCUGUUUUAAUGGGAACCAAGGGAGAAUCACUCUCCCAUGCUCAGAGAAAAGAGAUGAACUGAGGAUAUUCACCUUUGGUGUGACUAAUGUCGCCCGCGACAAUCCACAUGGAAGCUUUGACUGCGUCCAACAGCUCAGCACUCGUGCUGCAGAGGAACUGUCAUGUCUCGGGGUGAUUCAGAAGAAGAUGACAGUCAACGCUACAGAUGACUCGUACGAUAAGGCUCGUCAGAGCAUGGCCCAAGCUGAGGAGGAGACACGCAGCCGAGGGGCCAUUGUCAUCAAACACGGGGGGCGCUACCAGGGCAAGAAGGUAACGGUGCGAGCCCCGGCCCCCGCGCUGGCCAGCCUGACCAAACCGCAACACACGCCCCAGUCUCUCCUCAGCAACAUCAAGAGGGGGGUUGGCAUAUCCAAGGAGAAGAAGGGUGCCUGUGCUUCAAACAGCAAGGGCGUGAGUGACGUGCAGGAGAGGCCGCUCAGGGAGAGAGUGACACACCUGCUGGCUCUGAGGCCAUACAAGAGGCCUGAGCUGAUCUUGAGGCUGCAGAAAGAUGGACUGACAACAGGAGACAAAGACAUGCUGAACUCUGUACUGAUGGAGGUUGGCCAGCUCAAUAGCAGAGACAACACAUUUGUUCUAAAGGAUGGUCUGUAUAAGGAGCUGCAGAAGAACUGGCCAGGCUAUACCUCAGGAGACCAGCAGCUUCUUAAACGAAUUCUUGUCAGGAGACUGUUCCAGCCACAACAGAGCCUCCUCACCGCCCCAGAGGCCCAGGUCAGUCCACUGCGAGACACCCCCAACUCCUCCCCAGCACACCAUCCAAAACCUUCCCUGCCAGAGGAAUACACUGACCCUCUGGCGAGUAAGAAGCCCCGAAUAUCCCACUUGUCUAGCAAAACAGUCAGUGACAAGUCAAGAGUGAGGCCGUCCAAAGAAGCGGCUCGUAACGCCGUCACUGAAGCGACUGACGGGCAAAGGAACUUGGUUGAUCCUCGAAGGCUUUUUGACUCCUUGUCAGCAGUCUGUCAGCGGGAAGCAGAAGCGGCCAAGAGGCUGGAACCAAGUCCCUGUGCUCAAGAGGAGCCCGAAGGCCCAGCAGACCACCAUCAAUCCAACUCGGAUUGUCCUCCGUCCCCUCUGAUAGUGCCUGACCUGAGCAGACACACAAUCAAAAGGAAGAAGAGCAAACACAAACACAGAGAUCAGGAUGAAGAUAGGUGGAGAGACAGGAAAGAAAGGAGAAAAGAUCGUAGUUCAGAGGUUCCAAACGAAGUCUCCCUGGACUGCACAGAGCCAAGUGAAAUUUUGUUUGUCUCUAAUGUGCUUCAAGCGGACAAUGACACAGCAGACUAUCUAUCAACGUAUACAGGGAUUCGCAGCCACGACCAGAGACAGAGCUACAAGCAGGACUUUAACAGGGAGUACAGCGAGUACAGAGAUUUACACGCUCGUAUUGAUGGCGUGACGCGGCAGUUCAUGGAGCUGGACACACAGCUCAAACAGCUACACCACGAAUCACAUAAAUAUAAGACGGUUCAUAAUCAAAUUCUUCAAGAGUAUCGCAAAAUUAAAAAGUCCAACCCCAACUAUAACCAGGACAAGAUUCGCUGUGAAUAUCUACACAACAAACUGGCCCACAUCAAGAAGCUCAUAUCACAGUACGACCAAGAGCAACUCAGUGUGGACCAUUCACGUCUCAACUGAAGAGCCUGACUGGGAAACCAUUGAACUUAGAGUACAAUGAUCACCAUGAGGCAGGGGAGGUUCACGCUGCUGAGCUGGAAUCUGUGGGUCUUCAUGGCUAAACAUAGUCUCACGAGACCUGCUGGAAAUGUCAUUUAGGUUGGGAGUCAUUUGUGAAGAGCAGCAGUGGUAUUCUGGGAAAAGCAGCCCUAUAAUAUGAGAUACUUUUUUUUUAGAAGAUGGGAACAUUUCUUGGGACCAAUGUGCUGCUACCACAGUGACAUGCCAAGGACACGGUGUAACAAUAGUUUUACAAAGGCUCUUAAAGCUAAGAUUUCACUCUUAAAAAAUGCAAACAGAUACAUGUAAAGAUGAGGUGCUAAGCCUAAAAACAUUUGUAGAUUCCCAUCCCCAUCACAUUUUGUUUUUGUGAAUUAAAUCAAUUUGGGUAUUUGCUUAUGUGUUCUGUUAGCCAUGUCAGUGUUUAAGCCAGAAGCAUGAGAUUACUGCACGCUGUACAUACCCAGACAGCUCGUAUGAGGCAGGUGAGGGUUCUGAUGGCAGCUGGGAUGCAGAUGUGCACAUCUGUUCUUUGGGUUUGGUGAAUUAAGACUAUCAGUGUUAUUGUCAGUUCAGGCCUGAUCUGCUCGGUAUGACUCCUUAAAGUAUUGCCAGUGCCUGAAAUGGUUACAAAUUCUGGACUGGAUUCAUAGUAUUCCACUGGUGUUGUCCUUUUAUGUUGCUUUCCUGGAGCACAGAAGACUGUUGCAUUGAACAUAAUGUUAACCUGAAGUUGUAUUCAGGUAAUUUACAGUAUGAGAGGCAGUAAACGUGUAACUGGUUUUGAUUAUCAGAGUACAGAAAGUUAUUGUAGGCCGAGACUGAAGAAUUGACACAUAAAAAGAUGUUGUUGCAUGCUGUGUGCUUUACAGAAUGCAUGAAGAAUAAAUCUGAAGUUUUGUCAGUUUCAAAUAAAUUAAUUUGUAUUCA